GGAUAUGCAAAAUUCAUUCUAUUUCUAGAAGAAGAGUUUCUUCCUAACAGAGAAAGUGGGAAGCUAUGAGUAGUUUGUCUUGUCAAUGGCUUUGUGGAGCCUAUGUCUAUCCUUCUGGAAGAUUCUUCAAUCUCUCAUCUUCCAACACUAGCACCUCCUCCCUUGCUGGCUUCACGAUAUAUUGCAGCAAUUCUCAAUUUACUCCCGGACUCGGCCCCGGAUCCUCGAAAAAUGAUCUCAAAUUUGUUCUUCAUGAUGCUCUCGAUGCGUCUGGUGUCAAUACUACCCAUUCCCGUAUAGCGAGAGAAGGCUUCUGCUCACAAGUUCGAAAAUUAUCAAAUAUUGAGAGAGAAACCAGUAUUUGCAUAAAUAGAGGGGUUGAUUUAGGAAAAGCUGCUCUUCAUAUAGCAGCUGAGGAUGAUUCCCUAGUUUCGCAUUCCUCUGUUCCGCUCCCUGUUGAUGAUUUCUUGGAGAGAUUGGAUCAUCUUUCAAUGGGAUACUGCUCGCGAUAUAGCUCUUCUUUUACAUCCUCUCCGGAACACUUCAUUCACUGUUUAGAAAAGUAUUUGUACGUUAAUAAGGGUUUCCGAAGGACUGGUGCGACAAAUCAAUCAGAGCCACGUGCUCUUUAUCUUCACUCAGUUUUAACUCAUCGCAGUGGUUCUGCUUCACUACUUUCCCUUUUAUACUCAGAGAUAUUGAAGAUGCUGCGCUUGUGGGGAUUUUUAAGUUUUGAUAUUGAGGUUUUCUUCCCUCAUGAUUCUUCGAGCACACCUCGAGGCUACUGCAAACAAAAAACUAAAGAAUCUGAUCAAUCACAUGUCAUGACUACACAAUCAUUGCUAGAGGAGAUGCUGAAAGAUUUGAAGGAUGCUUUCUGGCCAUUUCAGCUUGAUCAUACUAAGAGUCCUUUCCUGAGAGCAGCACGAGCUGCCAACUGUUCAGAAAGUACCAAUGAUUCCGAUGAAAGUGCAUUCGAGCUUGCAUCUGUCAAGGCUGCUCUGCAUCGGCUAGAGCGUGGUGUUUGGACCAGUGUUCGUUUUGGGGACAUGAGACGUGCACUCUCUGCAUGUGAACGUCUUAUCCUCUUGCAAACUGAUCCAAAGGAAUUGAGGGAUUAUGGCGCUCUACUCUACCAUUGUGGAUUUUAUAAGGAAGCGCUCCAGUACCUCACAGUAUACCAGGAUGGUCAGAAGGAAUCGCUUGAUUUGAUUGAUAAUGUGGAGGAAGAAGAAGCUCUGGAGAAAUUAAUGAUUCGCCUUAACCUUAUCUUGAUGGAGGAAGGUUGGUCUCCCCCCACAGAUAACAAAAGUUUCCUGCGCAACAACUCUGAGCCCUGGUAACACUUCAUGAUAAGCAGGUUCGGGUGUAUUUUAAGUAUUCACUUGUGGAAUCUACCCCUCCGAAGGAUCUAAAAAUGGACAAAACCUUUGUAGGAUACUGUAACUAAUGUAUCAAAGAAUAGAUUAAAUGUAACACAAAAUUCAGUGUCAUGUGUAUAGGAAAUGCUAGUCCUGUAACUAAUAAAAUUAUGAUUAACGAUUCCAAUUAACCAAUGGAAUAAUAAAAUGAUUCGUGGCA